GUGGGCGGGUCUAUCCCCCACCGGAAGUCCCUCGGAGCUGCCAAUCAAGGAGGGCACGACGACUUGGCCGCCCAAGCUGAACUGCCGGUAGGGUCACCAUGAUCCUCCAGAAGCUGUUCCGGCUUUCCUCCGUCCUCCGCUCCGCCGUGUCCGUCCACCUGAGGAGGAACGUGGGCGCCUCGGCCGUGGCGUUCAAGCAGCUCGAUCCCAUCCAGAAGCUCUUCGUGGACAAGAUCCGAGAAUACAGAACCAAGAGGCAGACAGCCGGCGGGCCCGUGGACGCCGGCCCCGACUACCAGCAGGAUCUGGACCGGGAACUCUUCAGGCUGAAGCAGAUGUACGGCAAAGCCGACAUGAACACGUUCCCAGAAUUCAAGUUCGAAGACCCCAAGUUCGAAGAAGCGCCGAAGCCUCAGGCUUGAAGAGAGUCCGGGGCGUCCAGGUGGUCUAAGCGCGGGGAACCUUCCUUCGAACCUUUAAUAAACUGGAAUCUCCCUGCA